UCACGUUCGACACAAUUAAGCUCCAACAGGAAGAGAUCGAUAGAGGGUAUUAGCAUGGCCGCCGCCGCAAGAGCAGCAGCACCACUGGCAGCGCUGCUGCUGCUCCUGACGAUAGCAGCGGUGCCGCCGCCGGCGGAGGCCCACGUGCAGAUCGGCGCGUACAACAAGACGUGCCCGCAGGCGGAGGACAUCGUGCUCAAGGAGAUGACGGCCAUCCUCGCCAAGUCUCCCAACCUCGCCGGCCCCGUGCUUCGCCUCUUCUCCGUCGACUGCUUCGUCGGCGGCUGCGAGGGCUCCAUCCUGCUGGACUCCACGGCCAGCAACACCGCCGAGAAGGACUCGCCGCUGAACCAGGGCGUCGGAGGGUACCAGGUGGUGGACGCCAUCAAGGCCAAGCUCGAAGCCGCCUGCCCCGGCGUCGUCUCCUGCGCCGACACGCUCGCCCUCGCCGCGCGUGACUCCGUCAGGCUGACGAAGGGGCCCUUCAUCCCGCUCCCGACUGGCCGGAGGGACGGCAACAGGUCGGUGGCCGCCGACGUGGCCCCUAACUCGCCGCCCCCAGGCGCUACCAUCGCCGACAUCAUCGCCCUGUUUGCCAACAAGUUCAACCUCACCGCCAAGGACCUCGCCGUCCUCUCCGGCGCGCACACGAUCGGUCGGGCUCGGUGCUCGACGGUGUCGCCGCGGCUGUACAACUUGGGCGGUCGGAACGGCGCCUCCGACCCCACGCUGGACGGCAACUACACGGCCACCCUGCGCGGGCAGUGCAAGCCCGGCGACAACGCCACCCUCGUGGACCUCGACCCUCCCACGCCCACCACCUUCGACACCGACUACUACACCCUCGUCGCCGGCAACAGGGGCCUCCUCUCCACCGACGCCGCGCUGCUCCUCGACCCCGCCACCAGCGCCUACGUCGCCGCCCAGGCCAACGCCACCUCCCCCGACCAGUUCUUCGCCGACUUCGCCGCGUCCUUCGUCGCCAUGAGCAGGCUCGGCGUCCUCACGCACCACAAGGGCGAGAUCAGGCAGGUCUGCUCCAAGGUCAACCCGCCGGCACCGACGAGCACCAACGCCGGCGCCGCAGCUGGCAGGAGCUACCACACCGCGGGGUUGGCACUGAUCACUACGCUGGCCGUGGCUCUGCUGAUGUGAUGAUUACUACUAGCUCUGACAGACCCUGCUUUGCACUCCUGUGCGGCAGCCAGCGCAGAGUGGUGCGUGUGAUUCGAACUGGUUGCUUUGCUGUUCAUAUGAUUUGUUGUCUCCAUUUGGAUUUGGAUUUGCGUUUGCAUGAUUUGACGUGUCGCUUGGUUUAAUGGUUUCCAUGAUUGAUUUUGCAUGGAAUUUGCUUUGCAAGAUUUCUCAUUGUGAAUUUGGGCAAGUCCUAUUGUAACGUGUGAAUCCUGAUUCCUGAAUAAAUGCAUGCCCGCCCCUGAUUGUCUCGUCGUUACAAU